GUCGCCAAGUUCAAAACAUCAGAAAACGUCAAAACGCCAAGAAAUCGUUAAUGUGAAUUUCAUUUUCGUUUUCCAACGUUCAUUUUACGCUUGACUGCCGAACGUGAAAGAACGUAAAAUGAAUACCUGGUCGCUGGUGAAAAAAGACGAUCGCCAUUUCCUCAAUCCUUUUCUUGUUCCUGGAAAGCAACUCAAUUUUGAUCCGAAAAAUGAAGAGUUUACAAAACAUUUGAAAGCUGUCACCAACAAACUUUUACUGCAAUGGGAAAAAGAUGUGAAAGCAGAGAUCGAUUACACUGGAAGCACCAACUGGGAUGAUUUUUCGAUUUACACUGGAACUUCAGGAUAUGCCCUCUUGUAUUUUGAAGCUGGAAAGAUAUUGAACUCUGCAGAAUACUUGGAACAAGCCUUUUUCAUGGCAGAAAAAUGCACCAUGCAUCUGCACAAACCCAAUGUGAAAAGCCUCACUUUCCUAACUGGAGCUGGAGGCCCACUCACCUUAUCUGCUGUGUGUGCUCAUUUCCUCAAGCAACCAGAAAAAGAGCAUCAUUUCAUUCACAGGUUGCAAAGUUUGUACCAUUCUUUUGAAGUUGUUACCAACAGCAGCAGUGGGCUUCCCGACGAGCUGCUGUAUGGGCGAGCUGGCUGUCUUUAUGCACUGCUCUUCAUAAAGCAAUACUGCAAGGAAAAAGUAGACGGCGAUUUGAUUGUUCACAUCACCGAAGCGAUUAUUGAAUCUGGCAAGCGCUUAGCCAAGGAGAUGCAGCAUAAAGGACACAAAACACCACCACUCAUGUUCGAAUGGCACGAGCAAAAAUAUCUGGGACCAGCGCAUGGUUUCGCCGGAAUACUUUAUCUUCUCAUGCAGGUAAAGGACUAUUUGGAGCCAGGUGUUUUGGAAAACUACAUCCGCCCUUGCCUUGAUUUCCUUCUUGAAAUUCGUUUCCCCAGCGGGAACAUCCCGUCGUCUAUGGGUAGUGAUCGUGAUCGUCUGGUCCAGUGGUGUCACGGUGCCCCAGGUUUCAUCCACUGUUUCGUAGUUGCCGCAAAGGUAUUCCAUUCGGAUGUUUACUUGAAAGCAGCCAAACAAUGCGCCGAUGUGACUUGGGAGCGCGGAAUCUUGACCAAAGGGUUCAGCAUUUGCCAUGGCAUCUCGGGGAAUGCGAUGGCCAUUCUUCAUCUCUACAAGCACACGAACGACCUCGUCUACUUGCAGCGUGCAUGCAAGCUCGCCGAGAUCGUCAUGGACGAUCGUCCGCACGAAUUCCGCACUCCAGAUCGACCGUUGUCCAUGUUCGAAGGUAUGGCCGGAGUAAUCUUCUUCUUGCUGAACUUGUUGGAUCCCGAGAAAUCCGAUUGCAGCUUCCCCGGAUACCAAGUCAACUCAUUUGACAAAGCAUAAUCGAUCCGAUUAUGGAACGUGGUUAUUGUUACUUGUUUUUUGUUUUGUUUUUUCGGUUGAAUAUUGAAAUCUUUUGUUUGUUAUUCUGCAAAUUGUUUUGCAACCUCGAAGAAUCCGAUUGAUAUUAAAUACCUAAACAUCAGA